AUGUCGUUUGGUGUGACUAAUGCGCUGUCAACAUUCAUGAACCUAAUGAAUCUAGUAUUCUAUGAUGUGCUGGACAAGUUUGUGGAAGUUUUUAUUGAUGAUAUAUUGGUGUACUCUAAGAGUGAGGCGGAGCAUGUAGAGCAUUUGCAGUACGUGUUGAAGACCUUGAGACAGCAUCGACUAUUCGCCAAGUAUAGUAAGUGCCAGUUCUGGCUGGAUCGUGUUGCGUUUCUAGGACAUGUGGUGUCAGGAGACGGCAUAUCAUUGGAUCCAGAGAAGGUAUUUGUAGUGAAGGAUUGGCCUAUCCCUAAGUCGGUGUCCGAUAUUAAGAGCUUCCUGGGAUUAGCUGGUUACUACCGUCAUUUCAUUAGAGAUUUUUUGAAGAUUUCAGAGCCGAUGACACAACUUACGAGGAAGGAUAUUAAGUUUAUCUGGUCCGACGCUUGUGAGAAAGUGUUUGAGGAGCUAAAGUCUCGACUGAUUACGACCCCGGUCUUGACGAUACCAGAUAAGAGUGGGAACUUUGAGGUGUUUUGCGACGCAUCAGGUAGAGGAUUAGGAUGCGUUCUUCAGUAG